CUGUACAAUUACUCAAUUCAGGUCUACUUUGUUGGACUAGCUAUACUGGACGGAAUCGUCGUGAACACUAUCGUGUCUGCUUUCUACAUAGCAAUUUUCAUCAGAGUCCAGACUCAUAUUCAUGUUCGCAAACCAGGAGAAUUAGCAAUGCGAUUGGCACUUUCCGGCUUUAUCAUCUUCAUAUCCUAUUGCACUCUUGGGAUCUUCUCCGUUCUUGCCGCGAUGACUCGUCCAGAAGACGCAUGGAUGUAUCGUACGCUGUGGUUUGUCGUCAACGACGUUCUGUGUGCCAGCAAUGCACCUAUACUGCUGGCAUUGAACAAACCUAUCCGAAACGUAUUCAUGAAGAGAAUCGGGAUUUCACAUGAAGGAACCCAUGCAAAGGGGUCACUUAUGAACAAUAUGUGA